AGCUGUGUGCGCAUAAGAGUCCAUGGAUGAACCAUGGAUGAAACAGAGAUCAAAAAGACGGAUGCUCCUGAAGAGAGUGUCCAGCAGGGGGCAUCAGACAGACAAAAAGUGAAAACAGAGCAGACCAAAAGGGACACUGCAGAACACAGUGUAAAGCAGGGGACAUCAGACACACAGAAAGUGAAAACAGACCAGACCAAGAGGUACACUGCAGAACACAGAUUGACACCUGAGGAGGCAAGGCUCAGGCCCUUUCUGAAGGAGAAGUGUCAAUAUCUGUUUGAAGGAGUACCACAUCAGGGAGAUGCCAGACUUCUCCAGGACAUCUACACAGAUCUCUACAUCACAGAGGGGGGGAGUGGAGAGGUCAAUGAAGAACAUGAGGUCAGACAGAUAGAGAAAGCAUCUAUGUUCUAUAACAAAUGCAGUGAUAUAAGUGAUGAUGAGGAAGGAGAUGAGUCUGAUGAUAUUGAGGGAAGGGAGGGUUCUGAUGACCGACCAAUCAAAUGCAGUGACCUCUUUAAACCCUUACGGCAACACAAACCCAUUAGGGUAGUACUGACAAAGGGACUGGCAGGCAUUGGAAAAACCGUCUCUGUGCAGAAGUUCAUUCUGGACUGGACUGAAGGAGAAACCAACCAGGACAUUCACUUCAUUUUUCCUCUUCCUUUCCGGGAGCUGAACCUGAUGAAGGAUAGACAAAUCAGUCUGGUGGAGCUUAUUCAACACUUUUUCACACAAAUUAAUGAUCUGAACGUACUCUCCAGUUCUGAGUACAAAACUCUGUUCAUCUUUGAUGGUCUGGAUGAGUGUAGGCUUCCUCUCAAUUUCAACAUCAACCCGAGGUGGUGUGAAGUGACAGAGCCAGCCUCAGUAGAUGAACUUCUGACAAACCUCAUCAAUGGGAAUCUACUUCCCUCUGCUCACGUCUGGAUCACCACCCGCCCAGCAGCAGCUGGUCUGAUCCCUCCUGAGUGUGUGGACCAGGUCACAGAGAUAUGGGGGUUCAACGACCCACAGAAAGAUGACUACUUCAAGAAGAGAAUCAGUGAUGAGAACCUGGCCAUACGAUUCAUCAGACACCUGAAGUCAUCCAGAAGCCUUUACAUCAUGUGCCACAUUCCAGUUUUCUCCUGGAUUUUGGCCACUGUUGCAGAGAUAACAUCAGAGAGAGGGGAAAUGCCAAGGACUCUCGCUCAGAUGUUCACUCACUUUCUGGACAUUCAGAUUUGCAUCAAAAAAGAGAAAUACACGGAGAGAAAGGAUACAGAUAAGGAGAUGGUUUCAAAACUAGGGAAACUGGCUUUCCAACAGCUGGAGAAGGGCAAUCUGAUCUUCUAUGAGGAAGACCUAAGGAAGAGUGGCAUUGAUGUCACAGAAGCAUCUCUGUACUCAGGAUUGUGUACACAGAUCUUCAGCGUGGAGGCUGGGCAUGGGAAAGUGUUCAGCUUUGUGAAUCUGAGCAUCCAGGAAUUUCUUGCAGCAUUAUAUGUGUUCCUCUGCUUCUGCAACAAUGUCAGAAACAUACCGCACCAAGAUGAAUACUCUCAACUCUCUGCUCUGUUCAAAGCUGUAACACUUGCAAACCUACACAAGACUGCAGUCGAUGUGGCCUUACAGAGGAGGAACGGAAAACUGGACCUUUUCCUCCGCUUCCUUCUGGGUCUCUCACUGGAGUCCAAUCAGAAGCUCUUAAGGAACUUACUGCCACAGAUCAAUAUCCAACCAGCGGACUUAGGGCAAACAGUCCAGUAUGUCAAACACAGGAUCCGGCAUGUGUUGAAACCUGAAAGAAAGAUCAACCUGUUCUACUGUCUGAAUGAGUUGAAUCAGCAUGCUGUAGUGGAGUACAUUGACCGGAGCUCAGGAGAUAUGAUAGUAGAGAUGCUCUUACCAGGUCAGUGGGAGACUAGAAAGUUUUGGUUUGAGUUAUCAGAAGAGCAGCUGAAUGGGUUUGACCUACAGAAGUACAUAAAGACACCAGCAGAGGAUCUGACUGAUCUCCUCAGCCCAGAUGAUGUCCUGAAGAAGCUGGUGCCAGCAGUGUCAUCUGCAUUGCUUCAGCACUGUUCCCUCACAGAGAAGAGUUGUGCUGCGAUAGCAGCUGCUGCCAGAUCAACCUGCUGCAGUUUGAAGAAUCUAUAUCUCAGUUGGAAUCGGCUUCAUGAUGCAGGAGUUCAGCAUCUCUCAGACCUCAUCAAGGAUCCUAGGUGCAAACUGGAGACACUAGAGCUGGAGAAUUGUUCCCUCACAGAGAAGAGUUGUACUCUAAUAGCAGCUGCUGCCAGAUCAACCUCCUGCAGUUUGAAGAGUCUAAACCUCAGGGGGAAUGUGCUCACUGAUGAAGGCAUUCAGCAUCUCACAGACCUCCUGAAGCAUCCUCAGUGCAAACUAGAGACAUUACAACUGGAUCCUCCUUAUGGUACAUUGAGAAGGGAGAUUCCAGCAGCAGCAGCAGCAUCCAGCAGUAGCUCCCACUCCUCAGAUGCUGCAGGAGCACAGCUGUCCUCUCUUCACACUCACACGGAAGAUGGCCCCAGUGAUGACACACAUAGUGGCUGUGAAUGCUGUGCUGAAGUUCCAGAUACCAGUCACUGGGUCCUGCUGGAUCCUGAGGUCUCCACAGAGAAGAGCAUCUCAACCUACAGCCUGAGCUCUGUUGCAGGGAGAUAUGAGUGCUCAGAGUCCAGUCUGCGUUGGUCGUGUGUUGGUCCAGUCACCCUGCAGUACCGCUUCAUGGACUGGCAAAUCUUUGCUGGUGAGCUGGUCCACAUGCAGUAUAGCCCAGCUGGUCCUUUGAUGGACAUCAAGCUCAUGUCAGGAAAGCUGGAGGAGAUCCACCUGCCUCAUUUCCUGUGUUUGGAAGGGUGCCAGUCUGCUCUGACGGAUGGGGUCAAGGUUCUGCAUGAGCAGGACGGUGCAGUAUAUUUGGAGCCGUGUGAGCUGACCAGACACCACGCCAGACUUCUCCAGCCGUCCCUCUCGCCUCGUGGACUUCUCUACAAUUUCACCUCCUGGCUCUUUGGGAAGGUGCAUGCCAACGUUUUGGUGUACCAGUGCAGUGAGUCUCACCUGGUCUUCCGCUGCUACCUGCUGCCCGAUGACGCCCAUCAGAAACAGAAGGUGGACUGUGAGGAGCAGAGAUGUGGGGGGGUUAAAAAGCUUUAUCCCAACCCCAACGACUCUCUUCGGAUUAAUGAAUGCUACAGUCUAUGUGCAGAUCAGUCUACUGACGUUGUCCCUAAGAUCAACCCAGAUAAACUGGAGCUGAUGUACAGGGAAACCCCCAAUUUCUUCCAGGUGAAGUUUCCUGAUCCUGCCCCCGCCUCCAUCCAACUGCAGCUAUUCAGUUCAGCCAGCAGGGGGCAGCAGGCCGUGUGGAGUGCAGAUCUCCAGACUGGCGCACAAGGCAGGCAGACCAGGAGCAGAGGCCUGACAGAAGAUGGGCCAUCACAGUCCAGCAGGGUCCCGGGCCAGGUGGGCAGCCUGAUAGCAGCUGCCUUUGUGGAUGGCAACAUAGCGGAGAUCGUUGGCAGAGUGGCAGAGGUCAUGCCAAUAGCAGACCAGCUCUUCUCCCAGGGCAUCAUCGGCCAGGAGACCUAUGGCAACAUCCAGGCUGCUAUCACAAAUCAGGACAAAAUGAGGAAGCUGUAUGAUGGCCUGCGCUCUCCUGGGGCACAGGGCAAACUGGCCCUCUACAGGGCUCUAUGGGCAAGGGAGCGCCACCUAGUGGAGGAGCUGUGGACUGCAGAAUGAAAGCCAUUCAGCCAUAGAGGUAGAACAUUAGAAUAGAUAAGAGGUGACACAGCAAUUUGUGACAGCACUGGAAAAAAGUGCAGCCUCCAUCUUGUGUAGGUAGUGUAGGUACCUCCAGUCAAUGCAAACCGAUGGUGAACAUAUUUGACUUUACGAGUGUGUGAAUGAAUGUGAAUGUGAAUGAAAGUGAAAAGUGAAAGCCCAUUGGGAAACUCCAACUCCCAUUGUCAUUGUGACACAGCACUCCACAGCACACAAGUGAACACUGCACACUGCACACAACGAAAUUGCAUUUAUGCCUCACCCGUGCAAGGGGGCAGCCCUCAGUGGCGCCCCAUGGGGAGCAGUGCGGUGGGACGGUACCAUGCUCAGGGUACCUCAGUCAUGGAGGAGGAUGGGGGAGAGCACUGGUUGAUUACUCCCCCCACCAACCUGGCGGGUUGGGAGUCGAACCGGCAACCUCUGGGAUGCAAGUCUGACGCCCUCACCGCUCACCCAUGACUGCCCAUUUUAUUAUUAGUAUUACCACAUGUCUUCUGACAACGAAGGGAUACAGCCAUUGUCUCUCCACACUGCCGUGAAAAGUGAAUCCACUUGCACUGCCCUUGCUACUUUAACACUUUUUAUGCACAUAAUUUUGUUUGUGUUUGAGGUUUUUCUUUUACCCGUUUCAUCCAUGCAGACUGUUCUGUUCACGUGUGGACACGCCUUGUGGAGUUUCCCUGGACUCGCUUAUCAGAGGUCAUAAAAGGACUUGAAAUGACUGUAAGAUUUAUGUUUUCGGUUUAGGCUACAAUUAUAUGUUAUAUAUUAUAUGUAUUGUAAGGGAUUUUGAAAGGGGAAUUUUCUGUUGUUACCCUGCCUAGGUCUUUGUUUUGUAUCGUG